CGCGCAGGCGCGCAGAGUUGGGGGACUCGGCUGCGAAAUCAGCUGGCGGUACUUGGCUUAAGAGAAAGCGUCAAGUUCCUUUCUUUCUUACAACAUGGCUGAGGUAGAGGAAACACUGAAGCGAAUCCAGAGUCAAAAGGGAGUCCAAGGAAUUAUUAUUGUGAAUUCAGAAGGUAUUCCCAUCAAAAGCACCAUGGACAACUCUUCUACAGUACAGUAUGCAGGUUUAAUGCACAACUUAAUAAUGAAGGCCAGGGGCACUGUGCGAGACAUCGAUCCCCAGAAUGAUCUCACAUUCCUGCGGAUUCGCUCCAAGAAAAAUGAGAUCAUGGUUGCACCAGAUAAGGACUAUUUCCUGAUUGUCAUUCAGAAUCCAACAGAAUGAAAACUUCUCCAACUGACCUACAUUCCUUCUACUUAAGUAUAUAUUUUUAUUUAAUGCCUUUCAAAAGCUGAUGGUAGUUCAUUUUUGUCCAUGAUAAUAAUGUCUGAGAGAGAUUCCUUUCUUGAAAUAUUGAAGAUUCAAGAAGUCUGUUCAAAUGACUCAAGUGUUACUCCAUGGAGAAGACAAAAAAUGAAAUUAAAAAGAUUAAAGGGUCAAAGAUGGAUAGGUUUCUUUAGCAGGUAUAUAACUAAAUAAGUUUGUCCAAAGUACUUGUAACAACUAAAUCAGUCUUCCCUUUUGUCUUCAUUUUAUUUUGCACUUACUUGUUUCUUUUGAAACAAAUUAAAAUAAUCAAGGAAA